AAGCAUGCAGCGCUGACAGGAGCAGCCCGCUGUCCGCAGCCGCGGCCCACGUGCCCGGAAGUCUCGCGCCGGAUUCCCCGCCCACAGCGGAAGUUUUUUUGAACGCGAUUGGAACAAGAUGGCGGGGGACGCCUCAAUGGAGCUUCUGUUUUUGGAUACUUUUAAGCACCAGAGCGCAGAGCUCACGAAUGUUGACGUGGUUCGCUUCCCAUGCGGUGUGCUGAUCACAGAGGUGCGGGUGGUUCCUCCUGGAAUCAAAGCUCACAGCAGUCUCCCGGACAGCCGUGCGUUUGGGGAAACUUACCCCCAUGCCUUCCAGCUGGACCUGUUCUUCAACAAUGUAGCCAAGCCCAACUCCCCGGUCUUUGACAGGUUGGGCAGCCUGGAAUAUGAUGAAAACAAGUCCAUCGUUUUCAGACCCAACGGGAAGGUGAACACAGAUGGCCUGGUCCUGCGAGGUUGGUACACCACCCUGACUGUGGCAGUGUACGGCACGGCGGAGAGGACACACGGGCAUGAUCGGGAGUCCCCGCCCCCACCGCCACCGCCGCCCCCACAGCAGCAGGCUGGCCUGAAACGAAACGUCAAGCACGAGUGGGACAAAGAGGAUCAGUACAAUGGCAGUCCACCGAGGCCACAGCCCAGGGGCCCCAGGACGCCCCCGGGGCCCCCACCUCCUGACGACGACGAAGAAGAGACUGUUUCACUUGCAGUGGGAGCGGAGAAGGGCGAAGGCCCGGAGGAGAGGGACGAUUACUUGGAGCCCAUCUCCCCCGAGCGUGGCUCCCUGCCCCUAGAGGAGCCCUACUCUGACGACCCUGAGGGCGAGGAGGAGGGCGAGGAGGAGGAGGAGGAAGAGGCUGGACCAGAAGAGGAGGAGGAGGAAGACGAGGAGGAGGACGUGCGGACGGAGGGCAGUGCAGUGGAGGAUGAGGAGGAUGAGGAGGAGGAAGAGGAGGAAGGGGAGGAGGAUGAGGAGGAAGAAGGUGAAGGGGAUGAUGGGUAUGAGCAAAUCUCCAGCGACGAAGAGGACCUGGAGAACGGCAGCUUCAAGCUGCCCAGCUUCGACAUGGACUACACUGCGGAGGACCUGGCAGCCGUUCCCACUGUGCAGUACGACCCGUAUGAGCGCGAACUCCGCCCCCUGCUGCACUUCAGCCCCCCCUACAGGACGCGCUUUGAGACAGAGGUCGGCAGGCUGAUGGCUGCCGGCUCCUCGGAUGAGAGCGCGGGGGCGGAGUCGGCGGCCAAGCUUAUGGAGCUGCUGGAGACGCACCAGGACGACCGCAGCGCCCGCUGGGUGACAGCGCUGGAGGAGAUUCCCAGCCUCCUGGUGAAGGGUCUCGGCUAUAUACAUGUCCGGGAGCCUGGGGACGAGGGCCCUCUCAGGCAGCUGGCAGACUGGACGAUUCAAGCCUUGAGUCUGGAUGCGGCGCUAGUGCAGCCCAUCGCCCUGAACGUGCGGCAGCUGAAGGCCGGAGCCAAGCUGGCGUCCUCGUUGGCCGAGUGCGGGCCUCCGGCGCUCUCCCUGCUCCUGGAGGGCGGGGUCAUCGGCCGCCUCCUGGAGCUCCUCUUCGCCGAGCACGUGUCCUCCUCCCUGAAGCUGAACUCCCUGCGCUCCCUGGACAGCGUGGUCAGCAUGCCUGAAGGCAUGGAGGCCUUCCUGGGAAACGCGGCGGAGGAGCAUAACAAGAGCGGCUACCAGAGGCUGCUGGAGCUCAUCCUGCUGGAUCAGACGGUGCGCGUGGUGACGGCCGGCACCGCCAUCGUCCAGAAGGCGCACUUCUACGAGGUCCUGACAGACCUGCGGCGGACGGCCGGCCUGUGGGCGGACAAGCUGCCGUCGCCUUGCGCGCCGCCGUUGGCCGCAGCCCCUGGAGAGGGUGAUGCGGAGGCAGAGAGCGCGCAGGAAAAGCCCGGGAAGGAGGAUGAGGCGGAGCCCGGGAGUCCCAUGGAGGAGGAGCCGCUGAUGGCGUCGCCCGGAGUUAGCGAGGCCGACUUGGAGCAGCUCAUCGGCAUGCUGGAUGAGCUGCUGCACCUGCUGGAGACAGCUCCUCACACCAUGAUCCAGCCGCCGGUGAAGUCCUUCCCCACCACGGCCCGCAUCACCGGCCCGCUGGAGAGGGACGACCCCUAUCCCAUCCUCUUUCGAUACAUGCACACGAUUCACUUCCUGGAGUCCCUGACAGUGGCGCUGUCCACCCCAGCUACCAGUGCCCACCCGGGCGUUUCCCAAGCCACCAGAGAGCUGCUGCGUUUCCUCGCACAGUCCCAGCAGGGCCUGCUGUUCCUGGCCGCCGAACACGAGGCCACCAGCCUGCUGAUGCGAGCCCUGGCGCAGCUGUGCGAGACCGAAGCAGACGACGGGGCCGUGGGGGACGGACCGGGGGGCGCCAUGGAAGAUGGCGGGGGAGGUGCCAUUUGGCUCAUGCAGGUGCUGCACGCCCUGCAGGGUGUGGCGGAGCUGAUGGAGCAAUGCGGCGCCCCCGGUGGCCUGCCGGAAGAGGGCGACAGCGCAGAGGUGCUGGCUACGCUGCACGCCCUCUACCUAAUCACCUUCACCCCCACGGGCCGUGCUGCCGUCGCCCACGUCUUCAGUCUGGAGCACAAUUUCUCCUCCCUGGUGGUGCUAAUGGAGCAUUACUCCAAGGAGGGCCAGGGGGAGGCUAAGGCACGGAAGUCGGUGACGUACACCUACGCCUGCAUGCUGGUGCUGCUGGUGGUGCAAGCUUCCAACGACCUGUGCAUGAUGGAGACCUACGCCAGCCCCCUGCUGGCUGUGUGCAAGGCCGACGAGAACAACGCCAAACUGCAGGAGCUCAGCAAGUGGCUGGAGCCUCUGGAGAAACUCCGGUUUGAGAUCAGCUCCAUCCCCACCCUGAUCGAGUACAUUAAGCAGAACCUGGAGAACCUGCUGACUACGGAAGGGGCGGGCCUUCUGACGGCGCUGCGUGUCCUGUGCCACAUCGCCUGUCCGCCACACCCCAUCAAGGGCCAGCAGAAGGACCUGAAGUGGAACCUGGCCGUCAUUCAGCUCUUCUCGGCGGAGGGGAUGGACACAUUCAUCAAGGUUCUCCAGAAGCUAACGUCCCUGUUGCUGCAGCCCUGGCGUCUCCACGGCAACAUGGGCCCGACGCCGCAGCGCUCGGCCGUGCUGGCGGGUGUGUGCAGCGCCCUCCGGCUGCUGAAGCACAUGCUGACGGAGCUACUCCGCAGCGGCUCCUUCCAGUUCCGGGAUGCACGUGUGCCUGCUGCCCUGGUGGCACUGCACAUGGUGGUGUGCUCCACUCCUGCGUCGGGCCGCCUGGACGCUGAGGAGCAGCGGGUACAGGCCGACAUUGUGGACAUUUUGCUGACGUUUACGCAGGGCGUCAGUGAACAGGCCACCGACACAGAAGAGACUCUAGCUGGUAAUACCUGGUCCCUGAUGCUGAGAGAGGUCCUGGCAUCUGUGCUGAAGGCACCAGAGGGCUUCUUCUCGGGCCUGGCUCUGCUCUCAGAGCUCCUGCCACUGCCACUGCCGCUGCAGACCACCCAGGCCAUCGCAGCCCAGGACGUGGCGGUCGCCCUAAACACGCGGAAGUUGUGGAGCAUGCACCUGCAGGGACAGGCACAUGUCCUGCAAGACAUCCUGCGCUCCAUGAGCGGCACCAGCUGCCAGCCGCUGCUGGCCGUGCUGCGCCGGGUGUGCGUGCAGCUCAGCGACCUGGCCUCCCCCAGUGCCCUGCUGGUCAUGCGGACGCUGCUGGAGCUGCUGCUGGAAGACCUACAGCCCCCGGCAGAAGGCAAGGAGCGGACCUGCACGGUCCAGACGGCCCGCAACCUGGCGCUGCUCGACUCCCUGGCAUCGCACCGUGCUUGCAAGGCAGCGGCGCUGCACCUGCUGGGCGGCUGCUGCCGCGGCGACGAACGUCUGGCUGAGCUCUUCCCCUGCCUGGUGGCCCUGCUGAUGCCCCCUACAGGCUGUGAACUGCACCUGCAGCACUGUGCCGAACUGGCAGCUUCCUUUUUCCAGUCCCUUUGUGACCAGGACAUCUCCCUGAUUGUGAGCACGAGUUCAGACGGGCCGUUGUCGGAGGUGGAGCAGCUGGCCAAUGCCCUUCCUUCCCGGGAGAUGCUGUCGGUGGUGUGUGACACCAUGCUUGAGGCCCUAGGGAACCCGGACGGGAGCUACACCCUGGUGCUCACCUGCAUUCGCACCAUGACCUUCCUGGCUGAGCAUGAGUACGGCCUCUUCCACCUGAAGAGCGCACUGAAGAAGCACGGCGCGUCUGUGUGCACCUUGGUCAAGAGGGUCAUUCUCGCCUUUAACAAGGAGUCUGCCGAGCUGGUGUCAGCGUUGCUGGACUUCCUGCGGCAGAUCCUCAACACCGAUUCCCUGGCCUGCUGCGGGGAUGAAGGUCCCACGCCCAUGGAGACGGACGGAGGCCCCCCCCCACGCUCCUUGGCCUUCAGCGUGGCAGACAUGAAGCAGCUGCUGCAGUGGAAGGACGACUCAUUGGAGCACCCGCUGCCCGAGCUGGAGAAGCAGAUCGCGGAGUUCAGCAAGGAGGAUGACGCACUGGAGACGCUCCUGGAAAACGUGGUGGGCCUCAGGCAGAUGCUGGAAGGUGCCACCGACGCCCCCUGUGCCCCCGAGCAGGAGACGGAGCCCACCCUGCCGGCGCCUGACACCUUGCAGGCCCAGUUUAACCACAGGACGGUCUAUGUCCUCUCAGACGUGUUGGAUGAUCAGCUCAAGGCCCUGUGGUUCUCCCCCUUCCACGGUGAAGACAUGGACACUGAGCUGGACAUGGUGAAGGUGGACUUGGUGGGGAUGGCCGAGGAGUGCUGUCCCGAGCUGGACCUGAAGGCGGAGCUAGAGCGCUCUUUCCUGACGGAGCCCACCUCCCCAGGGCACACCAAGGCCCCCAAGGUCUUCAAGCUGGGCAAGCACAAGCAUGAGACCUUCAUCACUUCUAGCGGGAAGUCGGAGUACAUCGAGCCGGCCAAGCGGGCGCAUAUCAUGGCCUUGCCGCGGGGCCGCGGACGAGGAGCCUUCGGCCCGCAGUGCCGACCGCAUGACAUCUUCCGGCAGCGCAAGCAGAACACCAGCCGGCCGCCCUCCAUGCACGUGGACGACUUCGUGGCGGCCGAGUUCAAGGACAUCGGGCUGCCGGUGGGACCUCUGCAGGUGAAGCGUGUGCCCAAAGGCGCCCCCAAAGUGCCCACGCGGGGCCUCUUCACCGGGACGCGGGGCGGCGGCCGCGGCGGUCCCUUCCACAGCCAGACGCGCUUCUUCACCCCUCCCGCGCCCAAGGGCGUGCUGCUGUCAGCAAACUAUACCAGAAGGGAGGGGGGACGGGGAUCCAGCUGGAGUGCACAGGUCACGCCCGUCACGCACCGGGGGACGUACAGCGAGGCUCGAGGAGGACAGAGCAAUUUUGCCAGAGGGCCUCUACCCUCCAGGCAGCCUCCUGCAGCAGGUGCGUACAGGCUGGCUCCACGAGACAGGACCCCACGCGGCCGCGGGACGGGACUGUCGUGGCUGAGCAGCGGCGGAGCUGGCACUGGAGGGGGCGGAGCCGGCACUGGAGGGGGCGGUGGGGGGGCCAGCAGCUCUCGCGGGAAGUUCAGCAGCGGGAGUGGCAGAGGAAGACACGUGCGCUCCUUCACCAGGUGAACGGAUCCUGGACAGCCACACGAGCGGUGGGCCGGGCCCCCAGAACGCGUCCAGCGCACAAGGGGAUUAAUGAAGACUUUGGCAAAGACUUGGAUAACAAGCAAAGCUUUUUUUGUAUGUAUGCGUGUGUAUGUGUGUGCAUAGAUUUUUUUUUUUAAUACUGAACUUCUAAUAAAAACUGCACCCAGGUUUGCUGUUUUUCUACA